AUUGAGUUUCACAUAGUGCUCAAACUCACACGAAGCUAACUAUAGCCAAUAAACAUGGCAUGGUCAACCUCUUCCAAUACACCUCAACAAAAGCAUGAAGUGUUCCUUAGCUUUAGAGGCGAGGACACACGCUACACCUUCACUAGCCACCUUCAUGCUACUCUAACCAGACUUGAGGUUGGAACAUAUAUAGACUACAAUCUCCAACGGGGAGAUGAGAUAUCGUCGGCGCUUCUUAAGGCCAUUGAAGAGGCUAAGCUUUCCGUAGUUGUUUUUUCUAAAAACUACGGAAACUCUAAGUGGUGUUUGGACGAACUUGUGAAAAUACUUGAAUGUAAGAAGAAGAAUGGACAAAUUGUUUUGCCAAUUUUUUAUGAUAUAGAAGCUUCUCAUGUACGCAACCAAACCGGAAGUUACGCGGAGGCUUUCGCUAACCAUGAGAGAAGAUUUCAAGGGGACAUGGGAAAGGUGCUAAAGUGGAGGGAGGCUUUGAGAGAAGCAGCAAAUCUCUCUGGUUGGGAUUGUUCCGUCAACAGGAUGGAAUCUGAACUUCUUGAGAAAAUUGCAAAGGAUGUAAUCGAAAAACUAAAUAGAGUAUAUGUUGGUGAUCUAGAUUAUCAGAUUGGGAAGUUGGAACAACUUGCAACGCUGCAAUAUCAAUUCUAUCAGAGCAUUAUAACUCUUGAUAAUCUGAACAAGUAUAAUGCAACUGUUAAACGUGUUACCGAACUUAAAAUGGAGAGAAGUCUUCGUUUGCUUCGCAUGUCACCUGAGAUGCUUUCACAUUUGGGAUAGUAUGAGAGUAAUGAUGAUUUUCCAUUUUAAUGUAUGAGUUUUAUGAGAAAUUUAAGUGCUGUGGUUAAUUUUAGGAAUUUAAAAUUUUCUGAAUUAUUGUUAUUCUACUAUAUUCCUCAUGUCAAAUGUUUUCUUGAAUUAUGAGAAAAUUAUUAUUAUUAUUAUU